AUGGUCAAUUCAGUCAGGGCUCGCCUUGCGAGCCUUGCGGAUCUUUUGAGUGUUGGGCAUGGCUUUGCAGCGACCGAUCCUCGCGAUCAUCUGUUUGCUGUCCUUGGUAUGGUGCAGGAUACAGAACUAUCUGACGACAUCAAGGUCUUGAUCAAACCUGACUAUGCGAAGACCAUAGCCGACGUUCUACGAGAUGCUGUGCGAUACGCCAUUGUUGAAACCCCCCAGGCCUUGGAAAGAAUCCUGGGAGGAGUCAGCCAUCGGUUCGAUGCUGACCUUGGAAACGAAUUUUGCUCAUGGGCCCCACGAUUUGACCGGCCCUUCGAUUGUGAACUUGAUCCCCCUCCGCUAACAUUCUUGCGUCAUUUCAGCGCUAGUGAUGGAGCAAAGUUGGACGUAUCGAGCCUCGCGGUUUACAGCUCGAUCCAGCCCAAUGUGCUAUCACUCUUUGGAUUGGUGGUGGACAUUGUUAUCAAGGUUGGUGACGUCUUUGACGCGAGACGAUGGUCUAUUGACAGCGCCCAAGAUGGUUCACUUGAACGAACUAUCCGCGCUGCCAAGAGCAUACUUUGCUCCGUCAAAGGCCUCGCAGACAGCGACACAUUGAUUCGCACGCUGCUGAGAAACUAUGGCACGUCAGGACAAACUUCAAAGGAUGGAGAGAGCACCGACGACUUUCAAGAUGCGGUGAAUGGGCUGGAGCUGUCUGGGACUUUGAACAAAACACAGAUCGACCUGCUGUGGAACAAUUGUAGGAACCUUUGCUUCUUUACAACAGCUUCCGGUCUCUGCGGACUAGCCCCACGCUUGACGCAGGAGGGCGAUAUCGUGGUGGUUCUCUUCGGCACAGAUGUGCCUUUCAGUCUUCGGCCUAUUAAAGCGGACUACCGCCUUAUCGGCGCCACAUACGUACACGGCAUCAUAAACGGCGAGGCUGUGCGAGAACAUCGAGAGCUGGGCAAGCCGGACCGGCUGUUCCACAUCCGAUGA